AUGCCUAAAGAAGCCAGUCGUAAGGAAGGCGCUAAGCGCGAUAAAUAUACACCGCAAGCAUGCUUCGAAUGCCAACGGCGCAAGGUAAAGGGGGCCCUGUAUGUUCCAGUUGCCAGACCAGAAGUAUUGAAUGCCGCUAUGCUGGAGAAGAUCAACCAGCAGGGCCGACACAGAAAAAACGCACUCGGAAAGAGUCAAUACGCCGCAGAUACUGCCCCCAACGCUCGUCCCCGGAAACGAAGCAAAACUUCCGUUUCGUUGAAGGAGCAACUCUCACAACUUCAGGACCAAGUGAAUGCUCUGUCCAAAAGUCGAAGCUGCAACGGGAUAGACGCACAGGACUUGGCCGCCAUGCAGCCUGAUGAUAGGAGCAUGUCAGGUUGGCAUCAAUCCCCCAACCGAAUGUCGUCGUCAAUAUCCAUCGACUCAAGAAACGAUGUUUGCGACAACCGCUCUACCGGCAGUUUUACUUCCUUUCCAGACAUUUCCAAGCGAAGCAACCAAGAGAAUCGGAUACGCUCCGUGUCGAAACAGCCUCCGUCCUUGAACAGCCUACAAAUCAGUUCCCAGCUCAAUACCCUCAGGAAGCUCCGGCAGCAUAGCGCUGUGGAUAACCUCGAUGACUCGUCCCAAUUCUUGGUUGCCACGGUGGAUUUGCCAGGACCGACACGUCUUUGGGACCUUGUCAACGUGUUUUUCCAGGAGUUUGAAACCUACUUCCCAUGCCUAAAUCAGGUCUCCAUCCGCGAGCGGUUAUCAAUGGUCAUGUCGGUCCAUAGCUAUGGCCAUGCACAGCGUCAAAUUGUCAUUGGCUCUGACAAUUGCAAAAUUAUCGCCAUUCUCUUGAAUAUGCUUGCGUACGCCGAAUCUCUCACGCACCCUGUUGAGUCGUGCAAAACGCGGCCAGUUUCGCCCAGCUACUCGGAAGGGCUACGGUUGAUGCAACAUUUCAAUCAACUUUAUGACGAUGACAUGGAAACAGUCAUCUACCACAUUACUUCGUCUGCAUUCCUUCUGGAAAUGUCAAUGCAUCACCAGGCCCUUCAGAGCAUCACCCAAGGGUUUCAGAUUGCACUGAAAAUUGGCCUGAACAAUCAGACUCUGUGGCCGAAUGAAAAUGCGGAAUUGGCAUCUCGUCAGGGGCUUUGGUGGACACUCUAUUUCCUUGACAAGCGCAUUACUCAGAAGUGUGGGAUCACAUAUUUUCUACGUGAAGAUGAAAGCGCUGUCAGCGACUUUAGCAAAGUCAAUGAUAGCCUAGGCUCGAGCAAGUACAAGCUGUUGCAGAGCUUGAUAUCGUUUGGCCGACUGUGGGCUCACAUUUGGGACGGUUUCUUCUCCCAUCAGGCUCCCAAGGCUGAUAACUGGGAGGAGGCUCAGAUGAUGGACACUCGGAUCAUCCUCUCGUAUCGGCAAAUCCCUUCAAACCUGCGCUGGAAAUCUUCCAUGGUUGCGGAGUAUAUGUGUGCCGAAGGCGAAACACACAUUCGCCAGAGGCUCAUUGUGUUCCUGCGAUUCCAAUCCCUCCGUCUGAGUAUUCGACACAUGGCUCUGUCAUCCAACGAACAUGACCUUGAGCGUCGGAAGACAUCGGUCUCGAUUUGUAAAGCGAUAAUCGACGCAAUUCGAAGCUACAUGAUCACGACUGCCUCUUUGAAGCCAUGUGGCUAUAUUAUGACCACAGCGCUGGUCGAGAGCCUGUACCAUAUCCUUCCCGAAGAGGGCCACCCAGCACCUGUAGUUUCGCAUAAGCUCCUGAAGGAGAUGGUGGAUGAGGCCAGUCAGCUUCUUCAAACGCUAUCAGUGUCAGUUGCCACGGCAUCUGUGGUAUAUCAAUAUCUACGCGACCUUCUACCGCCCAAGGAUUGUCUUGGACCGCUUGAGGACUUCCCUACGGCUUCAACGAGCCAAACGGCAACGAAUCAACCCUCUGUUUUGAAUUGUCCUUCGGAUUUGGAGCCCCUUUCAGAGACAUUCUGGAGAAGUCUGGUCCAUCAGCCAGGCCAGGACAGCAGUCCAGCACCAACCCAUCCAGAGCCAAAGAAUCAACCCUUCCAGCCAUCUGUCAUGGUACCACCAGUAAGCUUCAUGUCUGACGGUGUGCCAUUUCAGCUGGACGAGUUACAGUCUCAAUUUCUACUGGAUCUGGGAGAUAUGGUAUUUGAAGCUCCACUGGCUCUGGACGAUUCAACUACUCAGUUCGGGGGCGAUCUUUUGUAA